GGGCGCAGGCCUUCCUUGUGACGUCAUCACGUUCAAAUGAAUGAAGCGUCAUCCUUUCUCAUGUGUGAGCGGAGCGGUGUGUUGGCCUUUUCUACUUUAGCUAUCCCGAACCCAAGACCCUUUCGGUUUUUGUUGUCUUGAACCUUUGCAACCAUGUGGAGAAGGCCCCUGCUCGGCGCUCUCCUACUGUUGAUGGCCGCAUUCUGUUCGGCCACUUUGGUGAACGACGAAGUAAAGAGGACCGUGGAUCUGAGCACUCAUUUGGCUAAGAUCACCGUGGACAUUACGAUGUCUAACCACGGACGCUACGACGCGCAAAACGUGAUAUUAACCGUGGAUCCGGAUCUGUACCCAUACAUGGCGUACCUAGGAGCCUCCGUGCAAGGUGAUGAAGAGGAUGAUGGCCAACUUGACAUCCAGGAGACAAAAAUUAACGGCUUAACCGGGGUCUUUUUCAAAGUAACUCUUCCAUUCAAGCUGGUCGUAGGAAGUAAGGCCAAACUAAAAGUGGAAAUGACGUUCAGCCACGUCCUCCAGCCCUUCCCGUCGGACAUCACGCAGGCUGAGCGCCAGCUGGUCGUUUUUCAAGGCAACCACUACUUCUACUCGCCGUACCCCACCCAGAGUCAGACGACACGUGUUCGCCUGGCAUCCAAAACGGUGGAGAGCUACACCAAACUGGGAAAUCCCAGCAAGACUGAUGAGAUUAUUGAAUACGGUCCAUACAGUGACAUACCUCAGUUUAGCCAGGAUACAAUGAAAAUCCACUUUGAGAACAACACUCCCUUCCUCACUAUCAGUAGCAUUACUCGCACCAUUGAAGUGUCUCACUGGGGCAACAUCGCUGUGGAGGAGACCAUUGAUGUGAGGCACACUGGAGCUAUUCUGAAGGGCCCAUUUUCACGCUACGAUUACCAGCGUCAGUCAGACAGUGGCAUCUCUUCUGUCAAGUCCUUCAAGACUAUACUUCCUGCUUCUGCGCAAGAUGUUUACUACAGGGAUGAGAUUGGGAACAUCUCCACAUCCCACCUCCAAAUUCUGGAUGACUCAGUGGAGGUAGAGAUCAGGCCUCGGUUCCCUUUGUUUGGAGGCUGGAAAACCCACUACAUUAUUGGGUACAACCUGCCCAGCUAUGAGUAUCUCUACACUCUUGGGGACCAGUAUGCACUGAAAAUGAGACUGGUAGACCACGUCUAUGAUGACCAAGUCAUUGACACCAUGACUGUGAAAAUCAUCCUACCAGAGGGUGCAAAAAACAUCCAGAUGGAUACACCAUAUAAAAUUAAUCGAAUGCCAAAUGAGUUGCACUACACUUAUCUUGAUACCUUCGGUCGACCUGUGCUGGUUGUCACCAAGAACAACCUUGUGGAGCAGCACAUUCAGGAUGUUGUGGUUCACUACACCUUCAAUAAAAUCUUGAUGCUGCAGGAGCCUCUCUUGGUAGUCGCAGCCUUCUACAUUCUCUUCUUCACCGUCAUCAUCUACGUUCGUAUGGACUUUGCAAUAACUAAGGACCCGGCGGCUGAGGUGCGCAUGAAGGUCGCUUCCAUUACUGAGCAGGUGCUGACCCUGGUCAAUAAGCGUCUGGGCCUGUACCGACACAUGGACGAGGUGGUCAACCGCUACAAGCAAUCUCGUGAUACGGGCGCGCUCAACAGCGCCCGUAAGACGCUGGAGGCGGACCACCGUGCCCUCACCAACGAGAUCAGCUCGCUGCAGGCUCGGCUCAAGGCGGAAGGCUCCGACUUAGCCGAAAAGGUGGGAGAGGUGCAGAAGCUAGAUGGCCAGGUUAAAGAGAUGGCGUGCCGUGCCAGCCAGGAGGCGGAGCGAUUGGUUGCCGGCAAGGUGAAGAAAGAGGCUUACAUUGAGAACGACAAGACUCUGGCCAGCAAGAGACAAGAGCUCAUCGGGCGUAUCGACAAUCUGCUGGAUGCUCUCUAAACAAAAUGAUAACACUUGCCCCGGAGCCAGCCAACCACGUGUAUGAAUGACAACCCCAAUGAAUGUGACAAAGUUACUUUUCACUUCAUGUACAGCCAAUAACGUGUCAUCUUGUGGGUUUAUCCAAACACUCGUUGUGCCUUGUGAUAAACUGGUUCAUCACAAGUUGGCAACUCUCCCUUUGCCACAUGGGCAGACUUCACAUGUUUGUUGUUUAAAUCUUAACUUUUAGUUUUGUUUUACUGUAAUUUUUUAGGUUUCAUGUUUUGCAAAAGAAAAAGUCAUGCUCUUGUGUUCUCUGUCUUUGCUCACACAUACCAGUUCUACAUUGUUUCAAGCGGUUCAGUAUCAUUUUUUUGUGAUAUUUUUCUCUGGUUUUGCAUGUCACUAUUUUUCUACCUUCCCAUGAUAAUGUUCAAGCUCAGAAUUUUUGUCUGUCACUUUUUAUCUGUAAUUUAGUUAUUUUCUACUUUGAGAAUUUAUUUUUGUUUUCAUGGAAAUUAGGGAAUACGUGACUUGGUUGUGUGAGAAAAGACAUGGGGAUGUGCAAAUAUGAAAUGCUGUCAAAUUUGAAAUAAAAAUAAACAUUAGAGUAACA